AUGCGGUUCACGACCUUCCUAGUUCUGGUCAUCGCCACCUUCGCUGCUUGCGUCAGCUUCAGCAGCGCCGACAGCGCUCCUCUUGUUGACCAGGGACGCAACCUUCGAGCUGAGCAAGGUGGUCUUGCCAAGGCCGACGACCUCAUCGCGUCGGCUGCCAAGCGUAACGACAACGCCGCCUACUUCUUUCAGACGCUGCGCAACAAAGCAAUACUGACCAAGGCUGACAAGCUGGAGGAAGCUGGGAAGACGGUAAAGGCUGGCAUUCUGAGGGAGUGGGCUGCGCCGAUCUCCAGGCUCACCCAGGCGCAGAAGGACAAGCUGUCGAUGACGUUUGCGGAAGUGGCCAAGAAAGACCCCAAGAAGUGGUCCACAAUGAAGAAGCUUCUCGUGGCUGCGCUCGGCGUCACGGUUGCUGGUGGGCUCAUCUACGGAGUUCACAAGUACAAUUCCUCGUAA